AGACGGUGAACAUAUUUUGAGGACGGACAAGCAUGAGCGCUCACAUCGUAAAUCGGCAGCUUCUUAGAUGGACUCUUCAAUGUGCAAACCGCUCUAUAUUGAAUCAAAAAGGACUUGCCAGAUACCAUGUGCUGAAUGCACUUGCUACGACCUCCCGAGUCUGGUCUUCCAACCACUACCAGACAGGUGUACAGCACAACGCAGACACGUCUAAUCUUAAAACGGGCCAUGAGUUAACCCUCCGGUCACUACUCGAUAUGGGUUUCACAGAUACCCAGGCAGAUCAGGUUUGCGAGGCUGUAACCAAGAGUCGUGGUCAUUCUGACAAUGCUCUAUCAACUCUCACGACACUUUUCAUACUCGGCCUCAACCCUUCCAGUGUGCUGAAGGUUUUGGACAAAUGUCCAGAUCUUUACAGAGUGAAGGGAACACAGUUCAAUCAGCGCAUUAGUAACCUGAGGAAACUUGGUUUGCUUGAAGGUGAGGGUGUUCAUUUUUACAUUACAGAUGUGAACAUAAACGGCUGUGUAUUACCCCAAAAUUUCCUCUCAAACCCUCUCACAGGCAGUCUCCAGAGGGUGGUGAGUUACUACCCCCAGAUCCUGACCUUCCCCAUGAAGAGGGUCAACAAUGUGGUGCGCUUGCUCAGAGAAAGGUGCCUUUUCACUUUCCCGCAGGCCACAGACAUCCUGAGGGACUCUCCAGCCGUGGUGGAGGAGGACCUGGGCCAGCUGGAGUACAAGUUCCAGUAUGUCUACUUCCGCAUGGGGGUCAAGCAGGCAGAGAUGGUCAGGUCCAAGCUCUUCCGGGUGCCCUUGGAGGAAGUACGCUGCAGGCACUGCUUCCUGGAGAGGAGGGGUCUGUACCAGACUCCUGACAAGAAGGGCCAGACACUCAUCCUCAACCCCAAACUCAACGACAUCCUCGGCGUCAACGAGGAGACCUACCUUGCUGACGUUGCCAUGGCCACACAGGAGGAGUACAGCAUAUUCCGGAAGCUGAUGGAGAAAGAGUGGCAGGAGGAGGAAGGGCAGGAGAGGGGCAUGAUGUCUGGGGGUGAUGAUGAAGAUGAAGAGGAGGAGGAGGGAGAAAUCGAUGGAUACCAGAAAAGGAGGAAGAGAUGAGGCCGAGGAUGUGGAUUUGCAGUUCAUGUUUCAAGUUGAUGUUGUUGUUUAUAAGUAAAUCAUUAAAAAAACAAGAAUAAACCCCAUAGCUGUCUAUGGAAAACUGAUA